CACAGGUCUGGCGGUCAACAGAUCUACAUUUAUGAUCGUAAUUUUCGGUUCAGCUCAGUUUUAUCGUUUUGAUUGGCCUGAUUCUUUUGUGCAAGCAGUUGGUUUCUAAAUAGGGAUCACGGAAAAAUCACAUCUUCGGAGAUAGUAUGUUAGGGAGGAAGGAUUUACAGUUCAACUUUUUUGAUACCUAAUUCAUAAAUUUAAGUUACCUAAUUAUCGUAAGUAAGCAUGACGUGCGGUAACUAAUCUCAGGUAUUUCGGCGUUUUAUUUAUUAUGUGUAUGUGCGGAAGAAUUUUUUAUCGGAACCAUCACUCAUCAGCUCAUUUUUGUCUAAUCACCCUGGAAUGAUGAGCUGAAAUCUCAUAUUGGGCGGGAAUCCCCUCGGACCUCCCGCGGAUCGACGGUCGAGAUCGGCGACUCCGGCAACAGCGCUCGGAGGUGGGAGGAACCUGCCGUUAGCGAAGUGGAGGAAUUCGCAAUCAGAAUCAGGAGCUGAUCAGAAUACCUGAAGCCGGGCCGAGAGGCGGCGGAGGUGGCCGAAGACGGAAGCUCACCUUGACGCACGGCUCAAAGCCAUCCGCCUGCCAGCCAUGCCGCGAGUGUCCGCGCUUCUUCUACUCCUCGUCGCCACCGUCGCGGCCCAGUACACCGAGCCUAAGGAAGAAGGUCAGCAGUGUUUAGCACCAACAACAGAGAAUCCAGCAUGGUUCUGCAAAGUUUUAAACAAUUGUCCUGCGGCGCUGACGUUGGUCAAGCAGAGGAAAACCCCUCCUGUCCACCGCAGAUGUGGCUUCAAGGGGUCUGCUCCGGUGGUUUGCUGUCCACCAUACGAAAUAGCAGACUGGAACAGUGUUACACCCCUGAAUGCUCAGGCCACCUCUACAAGACGACCGGCCGUUACACCUGUACCAACUGUUGGAGAGUAUUCCACAGCUGUUGCUAAAUGCGAGGAGUACAAAAAGCUGAUUUGGAAAGAAGACUCCAUCAUCACUUUACAAAGUGGUCCUUCAGGAACUGCAAACAAGACAAAGCAUUGUGACAAUGUUGAGCAGUUAAUAACGGGAGGCAGUGAUGCGUCACCUCGAGAGUUCCCCCACAUGGCGUUGAUUGGCUUUGGAUCUCCGCCUAAAUACCAGUGUGGAGGUUCACUCAUCAGCGAUAGAUUUGUCCUCUCAGCUGCACAUUGUGAGAGGCAUCCAAGAUUUGGAGGAAUCCAAAGUAUCCUGCUGGGGGAGCUAGAUUUCAGUACAGAAUCAGAUGACGCUACGCCACAGACGUAUGGGGUCUCUCGCGUAAUUGUUCAUCCUCAGUAUAGGUCUGAAUCUACUUACAAUGACAUUAUGCUAGUGGAACUAGACAGAAAAGUAGAGUUUUCAUUGUACAUACGUCCCUUGUGCCUCCAAACUAAGAAGACCAUACCUGGGACCAAAGGCAUUGCGUCUGGCUGGGGUCGACUUGAGGCUGGUAUCUUUUUGGUGGAAUCAGUGGGCCCAUCGAGUCCGAUGCUGCAGAAAAUUCAACUUCCAUUCGUUAGUCACAAAAAGUGUAAUGACUCAUUUAAGGGCAACGCUGGAACAGCUCAGCUUAUGAAUGGUAUAGAUGACAGGAUACAAUUGUGUGCUGGUGCAGAAAAGGGCAAGGACUCGUGCCAAGGUGAUUCAGGAGGUCCUCUCCAGAUCUCGUUAGGCGACUGUAUGUACAGCCAGGUUGGAGUAGUCUCUUUUGGACGAAUAUGUGGAACUGCUGGAUCUCCAGGCGUCUACACUCGUGUCUCAGCUUAUAUUCCAUGGAUUGAAAAAAUUGUCUGGCAAUCGUAAUUGGAUAUUUUAACUGUCUUCCUUGUGGUAAAUUUCAUGGAUAAGUUUUUGUUUGUUUUUAAAUCCUCCUUUUCCUCUCUCUCUCAAAGUUGAUAUUUUGAUCCAACAAAUUCAAUUACUUUUAUGAGUCUGUGUGAAGAAGUAGCUAGCAAUCAAGUCAUGCAGAAGGUCAGAAUCAUGAAAAUGUUGAUAUGUUUUAAGGCUGAAAAAUAACUGUCUCGAUGGACAAACAUUAAAUACUGAUGAUACUUACGAAAGGAUCAAGAACACAUAGGUACUAAAUUGCUAAUCAAGGCAUAAAAAUUCAGAAGCUGAAAAGGCCAGGUGCAUCGAAGUCCCAACAAUCCCGUUUUCAACCUAAGAAAAUCAAAAUAAAUAUAUAAAUGAACAAAUGCUAAAGCCUAUGGAUCACAAUUCGAGGUUUACCUGGGUACCCAUCUUUAUUGUGUGUGUUUGUUUUUUUUAUUUAUUAUUUUUUUUUUUUAUCCUGUCUCAUCUCUAGCUAUUGCAUUGUUUUCACUGUCUCUGUAUGGAAAAGUAUCACGCUCAUGCAAGACAAAGGAAUAGCGCUUAACUUGUCAUCAGCUGUCACUGCUCAAAUUUUUUUCAAGCUUUCUCAGAGCACGAAGAGUGUAGAAUCUUAAUGUUGUUGCAUAAUUGCUGUUUGUUUUUAGCAAACAAAGUGUAAGACCAUGAAUCAGGAGCCUUUAGAGCUUAGUGUCCAAAUUUUGUAUUAUUUUUACAUCACUGAUUCCUUCAGAAAAAUUCAAGCCUCAGAAGGUUCAUCAGCCUCAAAAGCUUGUAUGCAGUAUGUUGAGAUUCCUCAGUCAAAAAUCCUUUAACUUGCAAUAAAACCAUUGUUAAAAAUACUCUCUGUGCCAGAGUUUUGAAGUCAAGGCACUUCAAACCAGAAUAAACCUAAGAAAAACCGUUUUCCAACGACCAUUCGAUUUUCUCAUUUCUUUUAAUAUGCAAGAAAACUUUAAAGCAACCUCUAAGAGUGUAUAAAAGCCUGAGCGCAAUUAGUUUAUGCUUUAGAAAAGUUCAUUAUUUACAAUCAGACUUUCUCAAAGUUUUUUUCUGAUCUCUCCCAGACUCAAAUGCAGUGCAUUAAAAAUUAGGAAAUAUUUUUUCAAAGAAUGUCACGUAGAAAACUUUUUUGUCUUAUUCUCUCUCCCCUAAAUUUCAUUGCGUUGGACCAUUAGCUAUUUAUGUUUCCAUCUAUGGAGUAAUUUGGUCCUGUAAAAUAACGAAAAAGACCUUCAUUUUAACUUAAGUGUCAGUAUUGUUUUGAAUUUGGGAGAAUGACCAAAAUAGAUAGGCCCAUCGGUUUGUUGUGUAAAGUUGAUCGAACAAGUUGCUACAGUGUUUACAAAGUGUUUGUAACGAACAUUGCAUAUGAGCAUCAACUUAGCAGAAGUUGAAACUUGAAAGGACAGUUUUUCAAAAAUUUUGAAUUAUUCCUCCUCUCAGUUGCCUUUAAUUUUAGAUGAAUUAUUUGCAUAUAAUAUCUUGAAAGUCUCAGAAACAAAAAAUGUAGGUAAGCUUGAACGAAAAUUUGUCAUUAUUGUCACAUUGAGUUUUAGGCAAAAUAUUAUUUUCCUCCUUGGAAACAGCUGUUUAGAACGGAGACUAGAACCUUAGUCUUUAACUCAGAUUUUUCCUGGCAUUAAGUAAUAUGUAGUUUUCAAGUAAAAUAAAUUAGUGUGCCAACUCUGUAGAUGACCCGCACAAUUACUGCAAUAUCUGUAGCAGGAAGUGGCACAUUUGCUAAGCUGAAAAAUUCCAAAGUUCAUAAUUUCCUGCUUUCAUGAUGCUUGGUGAAAACUCAAAGACUUUCAUGAAAUUCUACGCUACCUGCCUUGUUGAUAUUGUUACCAAAUUGUUCAUACACAGCAGAUGCAAAUGUCUGCAUUUUGUGAUGAUUUUUUCUUUAAAUAAACUGUUUUAUUUGGUUUCUUAA